GCCACUUCUCUGAUGUGUCAUUUGCGGGAAAAAACGUUGAAACAGAAGACGAGUGCAAUAAAUAAUACAAUCCUGUGAAAAUUUGUUUCAAAAUGCCUCCGAAAAAAAAGGCAAAGGUUUACAAUGCGAAAGCAUCAGAAAGAGCCCGAGCAAGAGCUUCUAACCUCCAUUAUUUGGAGAAAGCACUGCUUGCGGUCAAAUCGGAUAAUCAAUCUGAAGAAUAUAGCAGCACCGGCCACGUGUUCGUAGCUGUAGAUAAGAAUGUCAGCUCUAAAAGUAUUGGACAAGCCGAUCUCACGGAAUAUGACCAUGACCCACUCGAUUUAAGCCAAGGAGAAUCUCAAGAAAAAACAAUGAUCGUACAGGAUGCCAAGUUCACAUUGGAUCCGGCUACCGUAUCCGAGACCAUAUCAGUCCCUUACGCGGCGUCUUCGUUUAUACGAUCACCGCCAGCUGCUCAUAUUGAAAUUUCAUCCAUAAGAUUUUCACAACCUGUCCCAGUGGAACAUGCUGCGCCAUCAAGUUCUUCAUCACAAGAGUUGUCGUGCACACAACCGGUUCGACUAAAGUCGAAGGUUGCGGUAGGACCACCAACAUCAUUGUCAACGCUCACAACUUCAACAACACUCCCGUUAACCAGCUCUGUUCUGGUUCCAUCAACAGCCUCCAAGGCAGAUGCUUCCUCGCAGGCAGUAACGCCAACUCCUGCUGCACGAGCGUUUUUCUCGAAAGGACCACAAGCUGUUCAUUUAACAACACUGUCAGCCACACCCGCUGCAAUACACCAGCAUACACAGGAGUUUCAAAACUCUUCGUUGGCAUCCAUGGUACAGCUUCCACAGGAUUCCUCUGAGAUAUUUGCUACUUCGUCAAAAGUGCCUCCUGUUACAUUAACAGCUGAUGCACCGGCACAUUCUUCGAAGAAAACAUCGGCAUUGUUAAUGUCACCACAUGUACAAGCUUCUUCGUCGAAUACAUUGCCAGUAUCUUCGUUCGGAUUGUCCCCAAUUGAGUAUCCAUCAUCGCCAUCAUCAACUGCAUCACCGUCAUCACCAACACCGCUACAACCAUUGAACGAUUCAACGGACGAAGACGAAGGAAGUAAGGAUGAAAAGUAUGCCAAACUUCUCUCCAAACAUUUAAGGCAAAAAGAAUUGUUCAAUGCAUCGCGAAAAAAAAACGCAAGAUUCAAACUGGAGGUGGCAGAAUUGAAAGAUAUUGUGGUCCACGCAGUGGCUGAGGCCAAGAAAGCUAGGACAGGGGAAAAUGCAAAUACAUUCACACAUGAUCCCGACAUUGAUAUGACCGUGGGGCAGAUUGAAAAAGUGAAUACUAUCUCGAGGUCUGUUGCCACAUUCGCACAAAACCUUGCGAUGCAUCUUUAUGGAGCAGAAAAUCUAAGAGAAAUGUCAGUGAAGGGUCGUGCAUCGAACCGAACGAAAAAUACGCCAGAUGAUCAUCCUCCUCGUCCUGGGAUUUCUCCAAAAAAACUACAGUUCAUCUAUGCAAAGGCACGUGAACGUGUAGCGUUGGAAGUAGGAGUACACAAUUUGGGACAAAUAAAAACGCUGUCGAAUGAAAGCCUUAUCAAUAAAGCAAUUGCUGAAAAAAUUGCUAACCUGAGAAAAGCUGCCAAACACGCACAGAACCGCAAUAAUACCGCAGCUUAAUUUUAUAUUGACUCAACACAUUCUCCAGUGCUGUCAUAUUUUAUUAUUUCCGUUAUACUUACUGAUUUUAUACAAAUGUUAAGAAGGAGUUAGUUUUACUAAUUUGAGAGUGGAGCAAUAUUUCUUUGUUUACGUUUACGCUCAUUUAUGUCUACAUGGCAAGUGAUACGUUCUUUCAGUUAUUUUAUUGCAAUGUUAUUUUACUGUAUUUUAAAUUCAGCCAAGUUGAGCUACGUUUGAUAUGUAUGUAUCAAUAAUAAAAAUAAAACAUAAUAAAGUGGCACAGUAAUAAAUA